GUCUACAUCCGCCAUUUUAGACGCCAAGAGAAGCACUGUCAAAAGUCUAUGCGUUGACAUAACCAGAUAAAUUGCAUCAAAGCGAGAUGGAAAAUCAACUCUGCAAGCUCUUCAUUGGUGGACUAAAUGUUCACACCACUGACGGUGGUCUUCGUAAACACUUUGAACAGUAUGGCCAGCUAACCGACUGCGUAGUUGUUCAGAACCAGCAACUACAGCGGUCUCGCUGUUUUGGGUUUGUAACCUAUGCUACUGCUGAUGAGGCAGACGCUGCAAUGUCCGCGCGUCCUCAUGCCCUGGAUGGCAACAAUGUUGAACUGAAAAGAGCAGUGGCACGUGAAGAUGCGGGAAAACCUGAGGCUCUGGCCAAGGUUAAGAAAAUAUUUAUCGGGGGUCUGAAAGAAGACAUAGAGGAUGGACAUCUGAACGAGUACUUCUCUCAGUUCGGUACUAUCGAGAAGGCCGAGGUUAUUAGCGAUAAUCAAACUGGUAAGAAGAGGGGGUUUGGUUUUGUUUAUUUCGAAGAUUAUGAUUCUGCCGACAAAGCGGUGGUACUGAAGUUCCACCAUAUAAAUGGCCAUAAAGUAGAGGUGAAAAAAGCCCUCACCAAGCAAGAAAUGCAGGCUGCUGGCACCCGUGGCGGGAGGGGAGGAAGGUUUCAAAAUGGAUACGGUGGUGGCUAUGGAGGAGGUUAUGGAGGCAGUGACGGUGGAUACGGCGUGGGGUACAGUGGAGGCUACGGGGGAAGCUAUGGUGACCAAAUGGGUGGCUACGGUGGGAACGGCUACAGUGAUUUUGGAGCUGGCUAUAGCGAGCAGUCAUCUAAUUAUGGCCCCAUGAAAGAGUUGUCGAAAUGGAUAGAUUAUGACACAUUCUUCCUAUGUCCUGCUGGUUAAUGAGGAUCGCCAGGUAUCGAUUGGACCAAGAUGAGGACAAGUUCCUAUAAGGAGGAAAACUCUGUCUAUGACAUCGGGACGACUAAGGUGUUACCCAAGACUGUGCUGAUCCAGCUCUUGUGGUCCUGUCAUCACAGGAUGAAAAAAGAUGUCUGUGAAAGAUGCAGGUUUUUUGAAGGACCUAAUAUCCAUCUGUUGGGAAGGUUGAAACUUUCACUGAAUCAUUCAGAUGUGUAUCCUUGUUUUGUAUUCCAGUAUGUGGAAUAAAUUGCACUGCUUAUACUGUACUGUAAUGGUUAUUAGUCAAUUCAAUAAAUAUCGAUAUUUUUAAAACUUAUACAUUGAUAUUUCUUCUAAAAUGUAAAGUGGUGCUUAUGACAGUGUACUAAGCUCCUUUUUUAUGUAAUUUUAGAUGCAUGCUGUUUUAUCUUGUAAGCCACCUUGUACCAUAUCUUGUAAACAAAGUGAAACACAUGAUCACAUUUCAAGUUUGCUGACCCUCAGGCUAGAUAAUAGCUUCUAUGCUAUUUUGCUAGCUAAAGCGUUGAGUGAGAUAGUUAGGCUAUUCACAAUAGUUCCCUCAAAUAAAGUCAUGUUGUUUAGCUUAUACAAGUAUU